UAUUCAGAUUAAUUAUUUUUCAGAUAAAAAGCCGAACACGAUGUUGAAACAAAUUCUUUUAAUUUUCUACGUUCAGAAUUACAUAAAUAUUGUAAAUUCCGAAAUGCUGUGCAACUCAAAACUAGCGUUGCAAUGGCCCAGAACCGUGUGUCAACCAAAACGUUGCCCUGGGCAAAAUACGCGAAAGUCGAAAUGUAGAGAUGACGUUAAAGAAUCAUUAAAUCAAAACGAUGGAAAAUUCAAUAGAUUCACAAUUCAUGGCCUCUGGGAGGACGGGGAUGAUUGCAAUAACAGCAGUCCUGAAUUUGAUAUAGACAAGGAAGCACGAAUGGAACAAACACGGGAACAAAUCAGGACUAGAAAUUGGUGAAUACUUUAACACGACCCUAUAACUCUAUGACAAAUAUGGCAUCAUGACAACAAGAUCUCUUCUUGAGGAUUGUUUUGCCCAAAAUACUGAAGUGAAUAUUGAGAGUUUAUCGCAAUGCAUUAUACCAAACCAGACAAUAGAAAUUGCAGUAUACAGGGCAAAGUUACCUGACGACAACAGAGCUAGGGAUUAUUUUAUGGAGAUACGGAUUUGUUUUAACAGAACUUUUCAUUCUAUCGACUGUGCCCCACUUAAGAAUUCAAAUAUGAGUAUUAGAUUACCACCCGUUGGCAGAAUUACUAAAAGAUCAGCAGUGGAUGUUUCUUUUGUGGAGACUGACAUCACUGAUGAAUUCGAUGAGUGUCCAUUACAACCUGUGAGCUCUCAAGGAGCAAAUGCUUUUCUCGCAAGAAAACUAUUGUUGCUUCCGUUACUUCAUCUAGUAGCUUGUAUCUACAAUUGA